GGAGCGCGGAGCAGCGCGUUGCAGGAAGCGCGUUCUGGGCGGCGCGGUGCAUACAGUGUGGAGCGUGUCCCAGUGCGGCACGCCGGGCACGCCGUCGGCAGACACGACUCGUCAACAAACGAAUCCCUAUUCGGCUCUCGCCGCGCGAACGGUGUCGUCGCGCGGUCCGGUGAGACGCCACUCGAACACGGCCGUGAGUGACACUUGCAGUGUGGAGGACGCGUCGCCGAGGACGGCGUCGAGCGCGGCGCCGCGACCGCCAUGACGCGAAGGCACUCUCGGUGACGGCGAGCGCGCCGCGGUCGGCCCCGCACGGCCCGGGACUGCCAUGAGGACGCCGUCGACGGCGCGCCGAGUCCUCCUCACCGGGAACGCGAAGAAGAAGAAGGAGGAGGGUAGUCCGCGAGGACCGCGACGAUGGCGGCGGUUCGCGGCCCGGCCGCGGGGACGCCCUGGCUCGACAGGCUGUUUCCCUGGCUGCUGGGCUUGGUGUCCGUCGCCGUGGUCCUGGCCGAGGACAAGGGCGGUGCCAGGACCUUGAGCAACAGCCUCAGCCCUUUGGAGGGCUUGGCCCCGGUGGCGCCCGACCCCGUGACGCCUUCCUGGCUGUCCGGCAGCUGGGGCCCGUGGUCGCCCUGGAGCGAGUGCUCGCGGUCCUGCGGCACGGGCGUGGCCGUGCAGACCAGGGAGUGUCGCCGCAGGGUCCGCGCCGUGAACAAGAAGAAGGACAAGAAGAAGCACAGGAAACGGAGCGAGCGAUCGAAACACGAAUCCGACGCGAGGCGAAGGAAGAGCAGGGUGCUGUCCACGCAGUGCGUCGGCCAGUACAAGCGGGUGCACGUGUGCAACGAGCAGGAGUGUCCCCGCGGCAGCCUGGACUUCCGCGCGCUGCAGUGCGAGGCCCACAACAAGCACAACUACUCCGGCCACUUCUACCAGUGGGAGCCCUUCCUCGCCGCCCCAGACCCCUGCCAACUCAACUGCCGCGCCAAGGGCUUCCGCUUCUACGCCACGCUGAACCAGAGCGUGGUGGACGGCACGGCCUGCCUGCCCAAAGUCACCGAGCCCGCCCCGCUCCUGGCGGCGCGACGCAGCCGCUGGCUGUGCGUCUCCGGCAUCUGCCAGCGGGUGGGCUGCGACGGCGUGGUGGGCUCCAGCGCGCGCCUGGACGGCUGCGGCGUCUGCGGCGGCGACAACUCCACGUGCCGCACCGUGUCGGGGAUCUUCACGCGGCCGCAGCUGCCGCAGGGCUUCAACGUGAUCGCCGUGCUGCCGCAGGGCGCCUGCAACGUCACCAUCGCCCAGCUCAAGCCCACCAUCAACCUGCUGAGCGUGCGCAGGCUGGGCGGCAGUCCGGUGCUGCACGGCGGCGGCCGCCCCUCCUGGCCUGGCGUGUACGAGGCCGCCGGCACCCGCUUCACCUACACCCAGGCCGACCCCGUGAGGGGCGUCGCGGAGACCCUCAGCGCGCCGGGGCCCCUCAGCAAGCCCACGGAGCUCCUGCUGAUGUACCAGCAGCCCAACCCGGGCAUCAAGUACGAGUACUCGGUGCCGCUGCCGCGCCGGGAGUUCGGUGCGGCCGGCGCGCCCCCCACCGCACUGGCCGCCCCGCUGCCGCCGCUGCUGACGACCACCCCGGCCCCCGAGGAGCGCAACGACGGCGACAACGAGGUGGCCGACGGCUUCCCCUUCGGCCAGGCCGGCGGCCAGGACGUGCCCGCCAUGGACGCCGCGGACGCGCCCCCCAAGGGCGGCAAGGGCCGGCGCUUCAUGUGGAAGGUGACGGGGUACUCGGAGUGCUCCAAGAGCUGCGGCGGAGGAAUCCGUUGGUGGAGGGUCGUGACGCGCCGCGUGGUGGUUGCAGGUGUCCAGGAGGCGCAGGUACACUGCGUGCGCCACAACUCGCUGCUGCCGGUGUCGCCGUACCGCUGCGCCGGCCAGGAGAAGCCCUACGAGUUCCUCGUGCCCAAGACCUGCAGCACGCGUCCUUGCCCCGCCGAGUGGGUGACGGGUGACUGGUCGGGCUGCUCCGUGACGUGCGGCUCGGGCACGCAGACGCGCGAGCAGAGCUGCCGGCAGGAGAUCUCGACGUCGCUGGCCGUGAGGGUGGCCGACGGCGCCUGCCUGGGCGCCAGGCCCGAGUGCUCCGCCGAGUGCGGCCGCGGCGUGCGCUCGCGCACAGUGUCGUGCCCCGAGCGCCCCGACGGCGCGACGUGCGCCCCCGGGGAGCAGCCGGCGUCCCAGGAGGCGUGCGACGCGGGGCCCUGCGCCAGCAUCGCCAGCGCGCCGGCCGGCGCGCUCUCCUGGCUCGCGUCCGAGUGGUCCACGCACUGCUCCGCCGAGUGCGGCACCGGCGUGCAGUCGCGGUCCGUGGUGUGCUCGGCGGCCGCCUCCAAGUGCGACCCGCGACACCGGCCCGCCCACACCCGGGCCUGCUCGUCGGAGGGCGCCUCCUGCCGCGGCCAGUGGUUCGCGUCCCCCUGGGGGCCGUGCUCGGCGACGUGCGGCCAGGGCGCGCAGACCCGCGGCGUGGCGUGCCUACAGUGGCAGCGCGGCGAGGCCCGCCUGGAGGUCCGCGACGACGACUUCUGCGACCCCCGGCAGAAGCCGGAGCCGCAGCAGCCUUGCGCGGAGCGGGCGUGCCCCCCACACUGGUACGCCGGGGAGUGGAGCGAGUGCUCCCAGUCGUGCGGCACGGGCGCCCAGAAGAGGGAGGUGCGGUGCAUCGGCCCCGGCGGGCCUUCGACGGCGUGCUCGGAGGCCGCCAAGCUGCCCUCCAGGAAGGCCUGCCACCUGCAGGCCUGCUCGUCGGCGCAGUCCCCGCCCGAGACCCAGGACGACCCCGCCGACUCGGGCGUCCCCUGCGAAGACCGUCUGCGCAACUGCCACCUCGUGGUGCAGGCACGCCUCUGCAAGUACUCGUACUACGGGUCGUCCUGCUGCAGCUCCUGUCGACGGAAGGGCGACUAGCAGUGCACCGGCAGCGCCACCAGCCCACCACUCACCCAGCCAAGGAGAACACAAUGCUACAGCCUGGCCAGAAUGACCUCAGAAUGACCUCAGAAUGACCUCAGAAUGACUUUUAAAGAAAAAAUCAUCGUGGCGUUUGUUCUCCUUGGUGCUGCCGCCCGCCCCGAGUCAGGCGAGGGAGUCACUGCCUCUGGGUUGCGAAGAACAAACAAGCAGAAGAGACGCCCCCAACUUGACCAAAACUUCCCGGGGGUGUCCAAACAUCGAUGCCGGCGAGAGGAACUGUUACCAGCGUUAUGCACGAAACAGCAACAAAAACCCGAAAUCCAAACUUUGAAACUUAGUUUUUAGCUGUAGUUACUGUCCGCUAGCUCCCGCAAGAGUUUGGAAUUUUCCGUCAAGUUAGGAACAGCGCCUUUGGCUGCUCCAGAGUAAAAUUUAAAGUGUUGCUUAUUUCCCAGAAUAUUUUGACUCCAAAAAAUAUAAUUGCAGCUUUUGUCCGCCAUGCGGUUGCUGUGACUUCUUCAGAUUGUCUAGGAAAGGAACUGGUUAAAGAGGACCUGAAUCUUCAAAAGACAAGACGACUUGCUUUAGUUGUAAACUAGCCUUUAAAUAAUUACAAUCACGACCCGACAGCCUCAACUCUUGACGCGUUUUCUCUUGGUUGUGGCGGCAGUAACUUUUCUUAGAACUGGUUAGUCACGAAAAACACACGAACGGUGAUUUCAUCGCCGUGGGAAAUCAUUUCAUCUCCUCAGUUGUACAGAGGAAAACUAAAGACCGAGUUGGUAGUACUAUCUAAGUUAUGUCUUGUUAUGUUACUUACUUGCCAAUAGCAUAUGCAGGAAAUGUUUGUCCUUUUUUUUCGCGGAUUCUUUCUUUUUGUCUUGUACUUACAGUUGUUGUAUUCUUUAAAAGGCGACAAAAUAAACAAGGGCGCAACGUGCCGUGCAUUUUGAAACUCACAAAGUGACUGCCGAUCGUACCAUUGUGACUAGAGUGUACCAGUAUUGUUUUUUCUUUUGUUUUAUAGACUGAUGUUUCCACGGAAAUUCCAUUACUAUGCGUAAAAUAUAUUUAACUUCAUAGCGUCGUAA